UGGAGUUCAAAAUAAACUUGGUGUGUUGUGGCUUUUUCCCUUUGUAGAAAAUCGCAUUUUCAGCCGUCUUUCAGAUGAUUUAGCGUCAUGUCCGUGCCGUACUUAACCCGCCUGGUGGUGAACUUCUGGCGGGACAGCGCCACAUGCCUGCUGAGCGUUGGCGUUGUCCUGUUCGCUGGUCUCUGCAUCAUUGGCAGCCUCACCCUGGGUCUCUUCGUGGUCGUGCUGUACAUCUGCGGAGCGAUCGUGGGCGCAGUAUUACUAAGCAAUAGAGAAACCAUCGCCAAAUACUUAGACAAGACCAAAGACUUCCUCGGCUUCCAGGAUUACACCACCGGCGACACGGAGGAGUGCCACCUGUGCGGCCAGCGGCAGUGCGAGCGCCACAAGAGCCAUCAGUGGCGACCGCGCGAGCCCUGGCGCGGCUGGAGUGUGGAUGAGCAGCUGGACAAGGCCGUGGAUCGCUUCUACACGCGCAUCCUGACGAGCUUCGUAGAGAGUUGGUUCUUCCUCGUGUCGCGCAAUGAGAACUUCGUGCAUCUGCUGAAGGAGAAUCUGCGCGAAGCGACUUGCAGACUUGUCCUGAAAGUCCGGCAAAUUGACGCACCUCUGCUGAUCACAGAGAAACUCCUGCCCUGUGUGUUCGCCCACCACGAGACUGUGGCCAAGAUGCUGGCCGAUGGAGUGUCUGUGGACAAGCUGUCGGCCUCAUUUGUCCAUCAGGAGUUCACAGUUCAUCCGGCGGCGCUGAAUCGUCGCGCAGAGCUCGAAUAUCUUCGCGGCGUGGCGAGAUGUCUCAUGCCACGACUCCUGAAUACAGAUCAGCUGGACAGCAAAGUCAUGUGCACGCUUCUGCGUGAAUUGACGACUUGCUGGGUGCUUUUGCCACUGCUGGACGUCAUUUCUGAUCCCAAUCUUAUCAAUCUCCUCAUCGUUGUGGCCACAAAUCCGCGUCAGACCGCAAUGAACUUCCGGGAGAGCCGGAAAGUGACAUUCCUGGAAGCCUUCACGAAGCGCCGAGACACUCUGUCACCACCUCGAGAGCCCACCAAAGCCAAUUCAACGCAAACCUGGGCGUCGUGUGACGAUCUCCUCGCCGACCAGACGAAACUCUACUCUUUCAUGCAGUUCCUGAAGCGCGAGGGCGCCGUGGACAUGCUGCGCUUUCACCUGGACGUGGACAAUCUCAAUCGCGAACUCCUGGAUCCGCGUGUCACCACGGAUCCCGCCAAAGUGUCGGCGCUGCAGCAGCAAUCGGAGAAGCUGCUCGACACGUACCAGACGCAGAUGCAGAAGGAAUUCGGCGCUGGCGAUGUGCAGACGCUCACGGAGGCGCACGAGGAGGUGCGCGCGAAUCUGCAGGGACGCUGGCGGAAGGCUUUCCGGCGCACGCCAGAGUACUUCCGUCUCGUUUAUGGCGACAGGGACGUUCACGCCCUCGAGACGAAUCGCGGCCAGGAUCAGAGCGGCGCCACAGUUUCGCGGCUGUCGAAGCUGAAAGGUGUGAUUCGGGGAGCCGUUGACGGAGCUCCUCUGGAGGCGACAGAAAUGCCCACCGUCUGGGAUGCCUUCAGUGAGUCUCAGACUUCCGCACCCAAUCCGACGAUCUACAGUUCGGUGACGCAGAAGCUGCGGAAGGAGCGCGGCCAGAAUCUGGACAGCUUCAUGGUGAGCUUCAUGCAGUCCAUCGAGCAGAGCACCGACGUUGGCGAGGAGGUGAUUGAGAUGCUGGAGGAGGGCGAGCGACGGAAGCCCAAUCCGCCGGGGCGAAAUCUGGUGUUCGGAGACUUGUUUCGCGUGCACAAGGAUGCGCAUCUGCUGCACAACUCCUCGCUGGCGCUGCCUUACACCGUCAAGGGACCGUCGCAGUGUCUCGUGUACAUUUUGACUCGAAUACUUGCUGCACCAACUGUGAUAGUGAAACUCACGCUGGCUCUCAUUCGUCUCUCGCGCACCACCGUGGAUUCCAUCAUCUGUCGCGGCCUGGCCAAGCUGCUCAGGAUUGGACUGCACGAGCCACGCCUCGCCUUCCUUCUGGCGCUACUCGAGGAGCAGAUCUUCGAGGAGAAGCCACCGAAGCGCGAGGAGAGCGAAGCGGCGGAGCUGAAGAAGCGCCAAGAGUUGGCCAGGCGACGCAUCACGAUGGUGUCCAGGCGGCUGGGCAACGUUGUGGACACUCUGCAGUCGCCGGCGCUGAACAAGCACCUGAUCUACUGCCUCUUCGACACGAUCCUGGCGGAAAUGUUCCCGGAGAUGGACAAUAGUGCACGUGAAUAGGAGAAAUUUGACUCUAGCUUUCGUUGUUAUUUAUUUUGUAACAUAAUUUGUACAGUUCGUUUUGUGAAGCAUAUUAGGUGAAAAAUUUGUUAAUGAAAUGGGACUCAAAUCUACGCCGAUGCAUUUCCUUUCUUUUCGCUGGGCAAAUAAGGGCUGCCAAUCAAGUGUAAUCUCUGGAAGAGCCGCGGGAAUCCGUUACGGCGCCCGCAUUUGGCCGCGAAGGUUGUGAGUAUAAAGCCAGCCAGCAAAAGUCGCUGCCAAGCUGAGAGUGUCUUCAGUGUUUGGCUGUUAUGCG